UCUGGCCACACUGGUCUACCAACGAGAGACGAAAAAAGAAAUUAGAAUUAAAAACGAAACUUGAACGAAAUUAGAUUAAAUUUAACUUAAAAUUAAGAUUAUCCAGCGAGAGGUGCGCCUGCGCGAUGUGGAAAUGUGUGUGUUUAAAGCCGGCAAUUUAAAGUGAAACACAGAGUGGGCGAAAACAAGAGCCACAAAAAAAAAUCCAGAAAAAGAACAAUAACAAGAGAGGAACAGGGAGAGAGAGCGAGACAGAAGACGUUGGACAGUGAGAGCGAGCGAGAGGGAGAGAGUGUGGAACAGGUUUUUUACACCAAUCCAGAUUCUAGAUUCCUCCGUUUCCGAAACGUUCCAGCCAGGAGCGGGGCACUUUGCAUAUUGGAAGUGAAAAAGGCCGAGUCAAAAUGGAGUCCCUCUCCCUGCUGCUCCUACUGCCGCUGCUCCUGCAACUGACCAGUGCCAGGGCCACCUCCAUCACCAGUUCCAGUUCAAGCUCUCCGCCAGUGCCGCAGCCGCCGCCAUUCCGCCAAUGCGAGACGAUCCGCAUCGAGAUGUGCCGCGAGAUCGGCUACAACGAGACCUCCAUGCCCAACCUUGUGGGCCACGAGAUGCAAGCGGACGUGGAGUACACGCUGCAGACAUUUGCGCCGCUCAUCGAGUACGAUUGCAGCUCCCGACUGAAGUUCUUCCUCUGUGCCGCCUACGUGCCCCUGUGCACGCCCAAGGCCCCAGUGCACACGAUCGGUCCCUGCCGCAGCCUGUGCGAAUCGGUGCGCAUUCGCUGUCAUCCGGUGCUCCAAGGAUUCGGCUUCCCCUGGCCUCUGGCCCUAGACUGUGAACGUUUUCCCCGGUGGAAUAACCACGAGACGAUGUGCAUGAAGGGCCCUGAGGAGCUGCAUCAGCCGCAGCAGGAACAGGAUUUAUAUGGAGGAUUAUCGUCGUCACAGGGAGGCGGAAAUAUUGCAGGAACACUCCCCCUAGAUUGUUCUGGCCUGGCCAAAUCUCAUUUGUAUGUAAAAUUGCCAAGAUCCGGACGCUGUGCUCCUCUGUGCGAGGCCGAUAUCCUGUUUACCCCCUCCGAAAAGCACCUGGCCGAGGUAUGGGUCUCAACCUGGGCAUAUGCCGCCUUGGGACUGGCCCUGGUGGCCACCGUUUGCCUGCUGCUGGCCAGCGAUGGCAGCCGGUUGGCCAGUGCUGCCAAAUGGUCGCGUCUAUUGUCGCCGCUUAUUUGGUGCCACAACAUGGUCACCCUGGGCUGGACCGUGCGCUUUGUGGUGGGCAGAACGGGCACAGCCUGCGGCACAGAUCCCCAGGCACCGAACGAGUCGCUGCUCAGCGUGGACGGACUGUCGAAUGCCUCGUGUGCGAGUGUCUUUUUGAUGCGUUACUACUUUGGCAUGGCUGCCUGUGCCUGGUGGGCUGUCCUCUGCCUGGGCUGGCAUCGGGAUAUACGUCGUCAUAGCCCGGAUGCCAAGGGCCAUGUGGCCAUUAUCCCCAACGCCGCCACCUCCUCCUCCUCCUCCAACUAUGCCAAGCGGCAGGAUCUCACGCAGAAUAACUUUGUGUGUUUUGUGGCCUGGGGGUUGCCCGCCUUCCAAACAGCCGCCGUGAUUGUGGCGCGUUAUGUGGAUGCCGAUGAGCUGCUGGGCGCCUGUUUUGUGGGUAAUCAGUCGGACAAGGCUCUCCAGGUGCUGGUGGCCACGCCUGUCUUUUGCUAUUGGAUCUUUGGCUCCAUGAACCUGAUCUCCGGCUACCUGGUGCACUGCCGCACCAAGGAGAUCCUGAGGAACAGUAAUGCCCUGACCCUGCAACAACUGAGUGCUCAUGGUAGCUCGGGAAUUGGCAUAUUCCUCUUUAUGUAUGGCUUGGCCUGCGCAUUGCUCCUGCUGGCCGUCAUCUAUGAGUUUGCCAAUAUCGAUGUCUGGCUGGGAUCGGGCGAGACCAGCACUCCGCUGUGGCCGUUUUUGGUGCGCGCUUUUAUGGAACUGAUGCUGGGCAUUUGCUGCUUUGCCUGGAUCCUGGGACCCAGCAUUUCCAUGAUGUACAAGCGUCAGGUGGGUGGCAAUAACAAGAUGAUUAUGAAACCUUUGUCUGGUGGCACCGAUGCUCAGAGUAGCUCGCGUGGCUCUCAUGCGGCAUGCAGCAGCACGGUUGUCUCCUAUCAUUCUGUGAGGCCAUCCAUGGUCAGUGCUCCCUUGGCGCCGCAGCUGCAGAGUCCCUACAAGCUGAAAACAUCACCGGGAGCGGGCUCCAUAUCGUUGAAUCAAAUGUCCAACUAUUCGUUGGGCAGGAGCAAUCAUCAGCACAGGCACCAGCACAGGCAUCAUCAUCAACAUCAUCAUCAGCAGCAUCAUCAGCAGCAUCAUCACCAGCAGGGACACCAGGGAGACCACUCCUCCUCCUCGCAUCGCCUGUAUUAUCCACCGGGGGGUAGCAGCUAUGCCUCCCAGAAGCACUACUAUCCCCCCCUGCAGCAUUAUGGCGAUGAGACGCUGCUCUAGGAGCAGCUCUCUCCACAUCAAUUGUUCCUGCAUCCACUUAAUAUAUAAUUAUAUAUAUAUAGAUCUAUGUACUGUGUAUAUAACCCUCCCGGAAAGGAGAGAAAAGGAGCCUCCUUCCUUGACUUGACCCUAGUUGUAAUGUCAGAAACAUAUCCUAUAUUUUGUGUGUACUUAAAGCCUGUCAAGCUCCUAAUUGGUGUAACCAAAAUAACCCACAAACAAUGCGCUCUUGCCUUUAUACACUUCU